UUUCUUAGUGUCUUGGAAUUUGGGACUCACAACCAGAUAGCGCCCAAGAAUGGCUUCUUCAGGCACCUCUUCUUUUCAAUGGAGAUGGGAUGUUUUUUUGACCUUUAGAGGGGAAGAUACCCGCUUCAAUUUUACGGAUCAUCUUUAUUAUGCUUUGUCGAGGACGGGCAUCCACACCUUUAGAGAUGAUGAAGGACUUGAAAGAGGAGGAGAGAUUCAACCUUCACUCUUAAAAGCUAUUGAAGAAUCAAUGAUUUCUGUGGUCGUUUUUUCGGAAAACUAUGCUCAUUCAAAAUGGUGCUUGGAUGAGCUUGAUAAGAUCAUGCAGUGCAGCAGAGAAAAGGGCCAAAAAGUUCUACCAAUUUUCUACCAUGUGGAUCCGUCUGAUGUGCGGAAACAAACGGGAACUUUUGGAGAAGCAUUUGCAAGAUACGGAAACGUCACUGAGGAGAGGGUGCUGAGAUGGAGGGCGGCACUGACCGAAGCCGGCGGUCUGUCUGGAUGGCAUGUGCGGCAUGGGUAUGAAUCUCGGAUUAUUCAAGUAAUUGUUGGACACAUUUCGAAAAUGCUGAUCAGUCGUCCUGAACUCUUACAUAUUGAUGACAACCUGGUAGGAAUCAAUUCCCGUUUGGAAGAAAUGUCGUCACUAUUAUGUAUGGAGUCAAGUGAUGUUCGAAUGAUAGGAAUACAUGGAAUUGCUGGAAUAGGCAAGACUACCCUCGCCAAAGGAAUAUACAACCAAAUUGCUCAUCAAUUUGAAGCUGCUAGCUUUCUUUUUGAUGUUGAACGGGUAGAGAAACGCCAUGGAUCGCUUGAAUUACUAAGACAACUUCUAGCAGAUAUCCUAGGGAGAAAAUUUGUACGCCGCAUAAGCAACAUUGAUGAAGGCAUUAGCUUGAUAAAGAAGACGCUCUGCUCUAGAAAGGUUCUUAUCAUUCUCGAUGAUGUUUGUGAUUGGGCUCACUUAGAAUCCUUGGCUGGAAACCAUCAAUGGUUUGGUUCAGGUAGUAGAAUUGUUAUAACAACCAGAGAUAAACAUAUAUUAGAUGCGCAUGGAGUUGAUCAAUUGUAUGAGGUUCAGAAAUUAAAAUCUGAGGAAGCUUUUAAACUGUUUAGUUUGUAUGCGUUCAAGGCAGACCUUCCUGACGAUAGGUUUUGGGAGCUCUCCGGACAUGCAUUAAAUUACUGUGAUGGACUUCCGCUUGCUGUUAAAGUUGUGGGAUCUCUCCUGUAUGGUAAGACGGAGCUUGAAUGGGAAAAUACACUGCUUAAGCUACAAACAGUAGGGGACAGGGAAGUCCAAGAAGUGUUUAGAUUAAGUUACGAUAGACUGCAUCACAGAGAAAAGGAUCUAUUCCUUGAUAUUGCAUGCUUCUUCAGAGGGAAGGACUCAGAUUCUGUUGGAAGAAUACUUGAUAGUUGCAACUUCUCUGCAAUUGGAAUGAAAGUUCUCAAAGAUUGUUGUUUCAUUAGUAUUUUAGACAACAAGAUAGAAAUGCAUGGUUUGAUGCAAAAAAUGGGUUGGGAAAUCAUUCGGGGAGAAUCACCUGGACAACCUGGCAAAUGGAGUAGAUUGUGGAAUCCAGAAGAUGUCCAUGCUGUGUUGACACAAAAAACGGGGACAGAGGCAAUCGAAGGAAUAUCCUUUGAUGUGUCGGCAUCAAAAGAAAUACAGAUUACGACUGAAGCUUUUAAAAAUAUGAAAAAACUUCGACUCCUCAGGGUCUAUUGGGAUGGACUUUCAUCAUAUGAUUCUGACACGGUGCACCUUCCCGAAGAAUUCAAAUUUCCUUCCUAUGAAUUACGAUAUCUUCAUUGGGAUGGAUGGAGUCUGGAAUCGUUGCCAUCAAAUUUUAAUGGUGAGAAACUGGUUGAACUCAGUUUGAAGCAUAGCAGCUUAAAACACCUUUGGAAAGGGAACAAGUAUCUUAGAAAUUUAAAGGUCAUGGAUCUCAGUCACUCUCCAUACCUGGUUGAAUGUCCGGACGUGUCUGGUGCACCAUCUCUGGAGACGCUAAAUCUGGAUGGUUGUACAAGCUUGCAUGAGGUGCACCCAUCAAUUCCUAGGCUGAAAAAUCUUAAGAUCUUGAAUUUGGGAAACUGCAGGAUGCUUCACUAUUUUCCCAGAAUCAUUGGAUUGGAAAAACUUGAAGUUCUUAACCUCUCAGGGUGCUCAAGACUUGAGAAGUUUCCAGACAUCGAAGCCAAUAUGGAGUCUUUAUUGGAGCUUUAUUUGGAAGGCACUGCUAUCAUUGAACUUCCCUCAUCGGUUGGGUAUCUCCGAGGGCUUGUUUUAUUAAAUAUGAAAAGCUGCAAAAACCUUAAGAUCCUUCCUGGCAGAAUUUGUGAUUUGAAAUCCCUCAAAACUCUCAUCCUUUCUGGCUGUUCAAAACUAGAGAGACUUCCAGAGAUCACGGAAGUUAUGGAACAUUUAGAAGAGCUUCUUUUAGAUGGAACAUCUAUAAGAGAGCUGCCCCGUUCAAUUCUUCAUCUCAAAGGUCUUGUGUUACUGAAUCUGAGAAAAUGCAAAGACCUCAGGAGUCUUCCAAAUAGCAUUUGUGAUUUGAAAUCUCUUGAAACCCUCAUUGUUUCUGGUUGUUCAAAACUCAACAGAUUGCCAGAGGACCUGGGAAUGUUGCAAUGCUUAAGGAGGCUUCAAGCUGAUGGAACUGCCAUAACAAAACCACCUAUCACACUUGUUCAUUUGACAAACCUUAGAGAGUUAUCAUUUAGUGGAUGCAAAGGAUCAACAUCUAACUUCUGGAUCUCAUCCCUUACAUUCAGGUUACUGCUUAGAGAAAAUUCAGAUGAUAUUGGUUUGCAGUUGCCUUCUUUGUCAGGUCUACGCUUCAUGGAAAAUUUAGAUCUAAGUGACUGCAAUUUAAUGGAAGGAACAAUCGAUAACAAGCUUUGCCACUUGGAGCUUCUGGAAGUAUUAAACCUCAGCAGAAACUAUAUGGUUAGCAUACCUGCAGACAUCAGUAGACUUUCUAAUCUGAAAGUUCUUUUGGUGAGGCAGUGUGAGCAACUUCAAAAAAUUCCGAAGCUUCCACCAAGAAUAAAAUUAUUAGAUGCCUGUGAUUGCACAUCCCUGGUGUCUUUACUGACUCCAUCUCGGAUAAUAAGCCCACAAAACUGGUUGGUUUCCACUUGGCUUCGUCCUGUGGAAUUCAUGCUAUGGAAUUGCUCCGGACUAUAUCAGGAUCAUGUGGCAAUGGCAUUAGAGACACUUCAUCAGAAACUUUUUCCAGAAAUAGGAUACAGUAUUGUGAUUCCUGGAAGUAGGAUUCCAAAGUGGCGCUGGCAUGAGAAUAUGGGAGCUUCAGUUUCAGCAACCCUGCCUCCACAUUGGCUUGACAAUAACUUCUCGGGGGUUGCUCUAUGUGCUGUGUUUGCACUUGAGGAGGGCGAAACUAUUCAGCGGCCUGGUGAGAUUCGCUGUAAUUUUGAAUGCAGGGAAGGGCCUUAUUUCAGUCAUUCCAUCACUUGGACACACAGUGGAGACCGAAUUGUUGAGACGGAUCACGUGUGUAUGAUGUAUCAACCUCGCAGUCAAUUUGUGAAAUCAAACUCUACCUAUGCCAGUGUGUUCAAGCACAUCAAGGCUUCUUUUAGUCUAUCAGGGGCAUCGCAUGAGGUGAAAAAGUGUGCGAUCCGUCUUAUAUAUGCCCCAAAUACAAGUGGUAACAAUAUGGAA